CAUUUUAAGGGGAGAGAGAGAGAGAGGAUAGGGAUGUGAGCUAUUGUUUUGGUGAAUGAGUAACUUUGGUUGUUUCUUUAGCUUUAUCUGCCGACAGAAAACCCGGCCAUUAAGGCCUAUAGUUUUACACACCUUAUUGCUUUCUUCUUCUUUUCCUUCACUUUCCCCUUUGCUUUGCCUUUUUUUCUUUUCUUCUUUCUUUCCGUUCUUCUUUCACAAUUUUCCCUUACUGGCUUCUUAAGUUUUCUUUGGUUUCCAUUUUCGUUAUGGAUUUUUGCCGUAAUGUGUCAGUCUCCAGUGAGUAUCACCCACAAGAGCAAGUCCUUCAAUCCCCUUCUCUUUGCUCUAAGUUUGGUGCUGCUAUAACACCUGCUAGCCCUCUUGAUGACCUUUUUUCUGCUCAGAAUACGGAAGUUGAUUUUAGCUUAGAAUGGCUCUCAGUGUUUGUAGAAGACUGUUUAUCUAGCACAGGGAACUGCCUUCCAGCACCUGCAGUAAGUGGCAGUGUUCAGAACACCAACUCAGCACACAAACUCACAAACACUUUGCAACAGAAACCCCAAGAAACUCCAUCUUCCUUGGAAAAAUUUGCUAUUCCAGGCAAAGCAAGAAGCAAGAGAAAAAGAGCAACAAGUGUCAAGACGAGAAACAACCCAUUGUUCAGUUGGUCCUAUAGUCAUCACCAAGCCCUCCAUUUUCCUAGUUCAGACCCUCCCUUGCUCCACCAAGCAUAUUGGUUAGCUGACAGUGAACUCAUUGUGCCUAAAAAAGAAGGCACUGCAAUUACCACCACCAACAACAGCAACAAAGACAAGGCAAGAUAUAAAGAAGAAGUACAUAAUGAAGAAACAACGAAAGACCAAGAAGAGGAAGUUGAUGUUGAUGUUGACGAGGAUCAAGAAAAGGUAUCAAUAGUACUGAGCAGUAGUAAUAAUAGUAGCAAGAAGAGUUUUGGGAUAUUGGAAAGUAGUAGCAGUGGACAGCAGCAGCAGCCAAGAAGGUGCACCCAUUGCUUAUCACAAAGGACCCCACAAUGGAGGGCAGGACCAUUGGGUCCAAAGACACUGUGCAAUGCAUGUGGAGUAAGGUACAAGUCAGGCAGGUUGUUGCCAGAGUAUAGACCGGCCAAGAGUCCUACUUUUGUGAGCUACCUGCAUUCCAAUUCUCACAAGAAAGUCCUGGAAAUGAGAAUGGCUAGCUCUAGCUCUUCUUCUGCUGCCGCUACUACUGUAUUCAAUUCCUAGUGAUCAACACUUGUUUCAGCUGAAGUGUCUUCCAUUCUCCAAUGUAUAUCUCCAAAAUGAAAAAAAAAAAAAAAAGAAGAGAGAAGUUUAGCUUAGUCUUGCGAUAGAAAUUAAAAAAAUCGGAGAAACUCUAGACUAGCCACCUUAUUUGCUUAAUUAUUUAGAAUAUUAUUAAUGGGAGUUAAUUUCCUUGCA